AGAAAGUUAAACCUGCUCUCUUGGCGUGACAUUUACGCCGUCUCACAUUUUUCACCAGCUGGACGUGAAUGUGCUGUAGCUGCUUGUGUUUGCCAACAGAAAGCCUGCACGAGUGGCAACACACGGGGCUGUGCUCGGAUCGGCUCGGCUCUGGAGAGCCCAGAACUUUUGGUUGCUGACCAGAAUGCCCACUGACGACCGACACCUACCCUCUAGUUGUGGUUCUUACGUCAAAACCGAGCCCUCCAGUCCAUCCUCCUCGCUCGUAGACACCGGCAGUCAUCACAGCCCCAGCGGCAACUCAGACGCCAGCGGCGGUUACGUUAACGGCACCGGCGGGCGCUCCCACGCCCUGGACUCACCUCCGAUGUUCAACCCGGGCAUGCUCGGUGGCGGCAGCGCGUGCUUACGGCGUUACGAGGAGUGCUCCGGCAGCAUGACAGACGACUCGCCAAUUAAGUGCGAGUACAUGCUCAAUGCCAUUCCCAAGAGGCUGUGCCUGGUGUGUGGCGACAUUGCCUCAGGGUACCACUACGGGGUCGCCUCUUGUGAGGCCUGCAAAGCCUUUUUUAAAAGAACAAUACAAGGAAACAUAGAGUACAGCUGUCCAGCCACCAACGAGUGCGAGAUCACCAAGAGGAGACGGAAGUCCUGCCAGGCCUGCCGUUUCAUGAAAUGUCUUAAAGUUGGCAUGUUGAAGGAAGGCGUGCGUCUGGACCGGGUGAGAGGCGGAAGACAGAAGUAUAAACGGAGGUUGGAUGCUGAGAAUGGGUCUUACCUGGGCCUCACUCUCCCUCCACCAGCAAAAAAGCCCUUGACGAAGAUUGUUUCGCAUCUGCUGGUGGUGGAGCCGGAGAAGAUCUACGCCAUGCCGGAUCCGACCAUGCCUGACGGCGACAUCAAGGCCUUGACCACCCUGUGCGACCUGGCUGACCGCGAGCUGGUGGUCAUCAUCGGCUGGGCCAAGCAUAUCCCAGGUUUUUCCACACUGUCCUUGGCAGACCAAAUGAGUCUGCUGCAGAGCGCCUGGAUGGAGAUCCUGGUGCUGAGCAUUGUGUUUCGCUCGCUGCCCUGCGAGGACGAGAUCGUGUACGCAGAGGACUACGUGGUGGACGAGGAGCAGGCGAGGAUCUCGGGCCUGCUGGAUCUUCACGUCGCCAUCCUGCCGCUGGUUCGACGCUACAAGAAGCUGCGCAUGGAGAAGGAGGAGUUUGUCACGCUCAAAGCCAUCGCGCUCGCCAACUCUGACUCCAUGCACAUAGAGAGCAUCGAAGCCGUCCAAAGGCUCCAAGACUCUCUGCAUGAGGCUCUGCAGGAUUACGAGGGAUCGCAGCACCCAGAGGACCCCAGACGGGCAGGGAAGCUGCUGAUGACCCUGCCUCUGCUCCGUCAGACCGCCACAAAGGCUGUUCAGCACUUCUACAGCAUUAAAAUGCAGGGCAAAGUUCCCAUGCACAAACUAUUCCUCGAGAUGCUGGAGGCCAAGGCUUGACACCUGGAACAGCUGCAUCAUUCAGUCAGAGACGAGCAACAACCCUUGAGAAAAAAGGGGGGAGUGCCAAUUAACAGCCAAAGGAUGACGCUUGGACUCUGAAGUCAUUUUACCUAUUUGAAUAAUAGCAAAAAAA